ACGACACUCCGAGCGGAAGUUGUCGCUCUGUCAACUUCCACUUUGCUCCCGCUAGCUUCCCCGACGGGCUGGUUAACUUUGUGACAAUGUCGGUGUCUUUGUGAUAUUUGUUUUCAACGUUGUUUCACCAUGUGGAGCAUGUGCUUAUUUGUUUUCCUGGCUCACUUUAGCUCGAGUGGCGCUUUUAAAUCAAGACUUACGGUUGAAGAAAACAGCGAAGCUAACGCAGAAAUUGAUGCACUUAAUUCCAUUCUCGCUGAUUUUGAGAUUCUGCCAGUGUCAGACCUUCAGUUGCAUUCUGUGAGGAAGAGGGACGUGCACACCCCGUCUCACCUGGAGCGACUGGUCAGCUUCAGAGCCUUGCAGAGACAUUUCAAGCUGUACUUGACCACCAACACAGACCUUUUCACUGACAACUUCCAAGCUGUGUUUGUUGAUAAACUCGGAAGAGAGGAAAACUUCAACCUUCAGCGUCAGAACUACUUCACGGGGCAUGUGGUCGGUGAAGAGAAUUCUCGUGUGCAGGCACACAUUGAUGGAGAUGAGUUUUCAGCUCACAUUCUAAGUGAUGAAGCAGAGUACAAUGUAGAGCCCUUAUGGAGGUUUACAGACAGCACUGGGGAUGAUGGCAGGUUGCUGGUAUAUCGCUCGGAAGACAUUCGGAAUCUGAGCCGCAUAGCCUCUCCAAAAGUGUGUGGUUACAUUCACGCCAAGGACCUGCUACCUGAGGCCACCAAGGCAGCUUGGGACGAGCCCGAGGUGACGGACAAGAAUAACGAUAUUCAUCAGAGAGAAAAGCGCCAAGUCCACGACCCCAAGAAGAACACCUGCCCUCUGUUGCUGGUCGCCGAUUACCGCUUCUUUAAACACAUGGGCCGCAGACAAGAAAGCGUCACACUCAAUUACCUGAUUGAGCUGAUCGAUCGAGUCGAUGACAUUUACCGAAAUACAACGUGGAACGAAGACUUCAAAGGCUACGGGGUGCAAAUACAUCAGAUGAUCAUCCACAAAGAGCCCACUAAACCUCCUCCUGGUCGUGCUAGCACUGGCUGGGUCCACUACAACAUGGAGAACAGCCCUGUGCGAGGGAAGGUGGUUUGGGAUGUCAAGAAACUUCUGGAGCAAUUCAGCUCAGACAUAGCUGACAACGCGUCUUCUGUGUGCCUGGCCCACCUGUUCACCUAUCAGGAUUUUGACGAAGGCACCCUGGGCCUCGCCUAUGUGGCCCCCUCCAAACCUCUGGCCAUGGGCGGCCUCUGCCCCAAACCUUAUUAUCCAUCUCUGACUGCCAAGAAGCCCAGUUACCUCAACACCGGCUUGACCAGCACCAAGAAUUAUGGCAAAACAAUCCUGACAAAGGAGGCAGAUUUGGUGACCACUCAUGAGCUGGGCCAUAACUUUGGAGCCGAGCACGAUCCGGACAACAUUCCAUAUUGUGCUCCCAGUGAUGACCAAGGGGGGAAGUUUGUCAUGUACCCAAUUGCUGUGAGCGGAGACCAUGUCAACAACAAGCGUUUCUCCAAAUGCAGCAAGAUCUCCAUAGGAAAGUCGCUGCGUUACAAAGCUCCCAUGUGCUUCAAGGAAAGGAACAGCAACGUGUGUGGGAACUCCCGAGUGGAGGAAGGGGAGGAGUGCGACCCCGGCUUGCUGCACCUCAACGACGACGCUUGCUGCUCAUCUAGCUGCAAAUUCAAAUUAGGUUCCCAGUGCAGUGACAGAAACAGCCCGUGUUGCAGAAACUGCAAGUUUGAGCAGGCAGGAAAAAGGUGUCAAGAGCCCAUCAGUGCCACGUGUAAGGGCAUUGCCUUCUGCACAGGCAACAGCAGUGAGUGUCCUCCCCCUGAAAAUGCCAUCGACGACUCGCUUUGCGUGGACAACGGCCGGUGCCGCAAUGGAGAGUGCAACCCAUUCUGUGAGGCUGUGCAGAACCUUCAGUCCUGUGCCUGCAAUGCAACAGAGGAUUCCUGCAAAAUGUGCUGCCGGACAAAAGGUGGCACCUGCGCCCCCUUCGUCCAAUUGGACGGCAGUUUCCUUUUUCUACGUAAAGGGAAACCUUGCACUGUGGGCUUCUGUGACGAGAACGGGAAGUGCAUGAAGCAGGUGCAGGAUGUAAUCGAGCGUCUCUGGGACUUCAUUGACAAACUGGACAUCAACACUUUUGGGAAGUUCCUGGCAGAUAACAUUGUGGGCUCUGUUAUUGUGUUCUCGCUCAUCUUCUGGAUCCCUCUUAGUAUUCUCGUACACUGCGUGGACAAGAAACUCGACCAGCAGUAUGAGGAGAACACUAUGUCGCUGUACUGCCCUCUGAAUCAGACGCUGGAGGUUUGUAGUAGAGCUCCAGCCAUAGCAAGAAAUCUUGAGCAACCUGGAGACGGCGCUCAUGCGCAUCGUCAAGCCUCCUCCGCCUCCCUCUUCCCCCUCCGCCGGCCCGACCGCGCCCUUAGCGCAGCCCCGCCAGGUGGCGGCCGGCACCGUUUCAAACCCGACCACCGGCCUGAGCUAUGUGCCAACGCCGGAGGACGACUGCAGCGGGGGGCUGCGGAUGGCCACCAUUCAGGAGGACAACAGCAGCGACUCUCACCCGGGAGAGGAGGCGGUCCGGCCCGACGAGUUCCCAACCGCAGGAGCCUCCUUGUCGGCUACGAAAUCCUCCUACGAGGAUCUGAGCGAUCACAGCCCGUCAGCUGGGGAGAGGCGGCGCCUCAAGAGGCAGGAGUGCUUUGACGCCAAAGAGACAGAGUGUUGAUUCCAGUUGUUGUGUAACUAACACAUUAGCACAUUGACCUUAAAGCUACCUAGCAAGGAUAUCAAAUACAUUCACAAAGAACUUUCUAUACUCCAAUCAAGAUGAACCACCUGCCAUUGAAGUGUCAUUUCCUCUGUCAUUGUACCUCAAACAUAUUUUAGACAGUAUUUGCUCGCCACAAGUUGCCGUGUUGCACUCUGAAACAAUUUCCGCUGCGUUUUAGUGUGCAAAACCACUGAAUGAUCAUCUUACUGUAAUUCCCCGCUAUUUGUCGGGGAGAGGGACCAAGUCCUGCUGCGGAUAGUGAAAAAUAGCCAGUAAUUUAAGCCCCCCCUCUUUCAACUUUGUAUAGGAUUGCAUAUGUUAAUAGUUAAAAGCAUGAAUUCCAAAUCCUAACUUUUUAGCGGUCAUAAAAAGCUUUUAAACAGCAAAGAUGUGUCAAUUUAAGGGACAGUACUUCCUUGGCACCAAUUACUACACUUCUAUUGUGCCAUUGUGUGUCACUAUAUAAAGAGUACACAAUACGGCGAGAACCUGAAGUAGGUGAGAACCAUUUGUGAAUAGUUAACCGCGUUCAUGCAGAAGAUUACCACAUCCAUAUGCGUUGUGUCAUGACUGGCUCCUUUUUAAGUGCUUUGUGUGACCCCUGACUGCAAAAUACUGUUGUGCCUUUCUUGGACUGUUAUUCAUUCCCUCUCAUGAAAAGCGAAGCAGGAAAAUGGAAAUCCUGUUGUAAAGCUGUGAGGUGCUUUAAGUUGUGUUACUGUUUCAUUUGUGUGCUCGUGUCAAACUGGUCACAGUGUCUUGCCACUGUUGCCUGCUAUUUAAGUUUAAGCCAAAACCGCAACGUGGCUGACAUGAAAUGAAAAGAUGUGAAACUGUUACUCAGUGAAAUGCUUUUAUUCAUGUCCAUUGCUUGCAUGACUUACACACAUCCCAAUAAAUGAUUU